AUGUUACGUGAAGUUCGUCUUCGUUGUCAAGGCAUUUCGCGAUGGGUAGAAUUCUGCUACUCUACUCCAUCCAGAUUGUAUUAUGGGGAGCACACCUUAUGGUCGUCUCAGGGGGCGCAGCAUGGUGAUCCCCUUGGUCCUCUGCUUUUUGCUUUGGUUUUACAACCCCUACUUUGUAAAAUCAGAGACACUUUUGAUGUAUGUCUUCAGCCAUGGUAUUUGGAUGACGGCACUACUAUUGGUGACACCUUGGUGGUGGGGAAGGUUCUGCAGUUGAUUAUGGAGGAAGGGCCUUGUCUCGGAUUACAUCUUAACGUGGAGAAGACUGAGGUCUUAUGGCCUGUAGAGGACCCUCGAAGCAGGGCUGUGGGAGUAUUUCCUCCUGAUAUUGCUCGUCCUUUGCAUUGUGUUAAGUUGCUUGGUGGACCCGUUAGUUCCAAUCCAGUUUUUAUUGGUGAGCUUGUGAUGCAGAGGAUGACAAAGACCAUUGGGCUUAUGGAUAAGGUUGCUCAGCUUGAUGAUCCUCGGUGUGAGAUGUUGUUACUUAGGGCAUGUACCGGAAUUUCUAAACUCUACUUUGCUUUGUGUACUUGUCCUUCUGCUAUUUUUGAGGCGGCUCAGCGCACAUUCGAUGAGGCUCUUCGAUCUUCCUUGGAGCGUAUUGUUACUGCUUCGGGGUCUGGCUUUGGCGAUUGGCAGUGGCGACUUGCCACCUUACCUUUUUCUUUUGGCGGGCUUGGUGUUUAUUCUGUAGGUGAUGUUCGUCAUUAUGCUUUUCUUGCUUCUCGAUUGCAGUCUUUUGGUUUGCAGACAAAGCUUCUACGGCAUGUUGGCUUUGUUGGUCCUGGUCGAGCAUUUGAAGAUGCGUUGAAAUCCACCUUCUCUUUAUCCCCUCGACAAUCGGCAUUGUAG